AUGGAAAACCCUCCGCCUCUACGCUGUCUUCACUCUCUGACAGACAAACUACUCAAAACACGGUCUGCUUUCCGGCCCCUCCCCCGUCCCAAGGAAUCGCGUCUACGGAACAAGUCCUGGAUCGUCAUUCUGGUCACGCUUAUCCUGCGCGGCUGUGCAACGACUCCAACUUUCUCUCCUAUUGGCCGAAGCGCGGACACUGCAGCCCCUGGUCAAUUGCUCAUCGGAGAAGGACGACCAAAUCAUCAUACGGUGCACCUCACCUCACCCCCUCGCCUGAAUCGCCCGGUACGACGGGCAGACUUCCACUCUUUACUCGACACCCCUUGCGCUGCAUCCGAAGCGACGCGGCUGGUCGCCGUACGGGGGAUGCCGCGGUACUCGCGCACGGCUGCCCGCGGUGCCGCGAGGGACGAGCGGUGGUGA